AUGCAGGCCCCGAGCGAGAAGGAUAUAGCGCUCCACGAGGCGCUCAGGCGGCGGGUGGAGGAGCACGCGCGGUGGAAGGCGUCCUUCUUCCAGAGUAGGCCGCCGCCAGCGUUUGUUCCCACGUCUCACCACCGCCGCCGCCGCGAGCCCAUCGCUGGCGCUCCUGUCCACCACUUCUUCAAGCGGGCAAUGGAGCUGGCCGCAGCGGAAGGACCUCCGGUGCCACCGCCGCGGCCGAAUUCUGCCACGGAGGAUGCGGGCGCCGAGGAGCCCAGUGACAAAGGAAUCGCCUGGGAUCAACAGAUGCGACGCGAGAUGGCUCGUCGCAAUCCGUACACAGACGUGAAGAUCUGCUCGGACCCUCAGCGUACAGUGGUGGUAUCGAGCCUGCCGCCCAAGGCGGUGGAGGAGGACAUCCGGGCAUUCAGCGAGCAGUUUGGCCGCGUGGUGAGUGUGCGCCUUAUCUGUGACAACUCCGGAAAGAGUCGCAGGUACGGUUUUGUGCAGUUUGGGUUGGAGGCGGAAGCGCGCAAGGCGGUGGCUAGUAGUCGCAAGCGACGCCUCUGUGGGCGUGCAGUGGUGAUGGACAUGGAGCGAGGGCGGCUGGAGCCCGGCUUCCUGCCAAAGCGUAUCGCCGAGGCACAACGAUUGAGCAAGGCUGCAUCAGCGGGCAACAGUAAGCGUCAGCGUGUGGAGGAAAAACGGGGCGAAUGCUGUGUACCAACGACACGAACUGGAGCAAGUUUGUCGGAGAGGCCGGCGGCUGGGCAUCGCGAUGAGGUCGAUGCGUUUCUUGAUGACAUCAUGAAUCUCUGA